AACCGAAAUUUUCAGCAAGAGUAAGGUUGUUUCCGUCAAACAGAAAGCUCAAGCGGCGGCGUGGCCGGUGUGCGGGACGAGGGUGGCGGGGAGAAGCCGCCGUCGUCCGAGGGAGGCGGAGUCGUAUGGCUCCGCCGCCGGUGGCAGCUCGCGGGAAGGAGGAGAAGAAUAAAAGAGGGGAGAGCGGGGAGUUAAAGUCAAUAGCAAUUAAAAUGAUGUUGAUGACGGCAACGUUCUAGCCUCUCUCUCCAACCCUAUCUCCUUCUGUCAUAUAAGUCUGUAAUGAAGAAAGCGAUCUACAAGCCGAGACUCGAGAGUCGUCGGAAUCGGAUGGACCACACACCUUCUCUCUCUGUGUUUAUCUCUCUCUUCCAGUCUGACUAGUCUGAAAGAUCAACUUUUCUUUCGCAGCCAAGAUUCUCUCUCUCUCUGUCUCUCUCUCUCUAACCACACCCUGGCCGUCAUAUAUAUAUCAAAAAAGGCCAGUCUUACUUUCUCUACCUAAAAAACCAUUCGACUUUUUCGCAGGCUCGUCGUCUCUCUGCUUCUCUCUGUCUCUCUCUCGACUCUCUCGCUCGCGUUGUCUUCCUUCCUUUCGGUGUCUUCCUUCUUUUUCUGUUCCAAGUGUAACACAAAAAAGCAGGAAACCGGGAGCUCGAAGGUCCCCUCCGAAUAAAGAAGAAGAAGCAGCAAGUUUUGGUGCUUUUCUUUUCCGUCUUGCCGCAGUGUUCUUCGAAGAGUUUUUAGGCAAUUGUUGACAGGUAAAGGCUAGAAAAAUCUCGCUCUAAGUUAGCCUUUUCCGAUGGUUGAGAUUCAAAUCCAUGCGACAGGCUCUGAUUGUGAGCGAUUGGAUUUCGAUUGAGAUAUUGAGUUCGGAACUUGUGAGCCAGUUCUAAGAUUGCGGUGGCCGUUCGUUUAAACAAAUGGCAGAAGCUGUUGAUGAAAAGCAGUGGCAGGAGCUGCUAAAAACUAUGCUUCCUCCGGGAGCUUCUCUCCCGGAAGAGGGCAAACUUGACUACUCAAUUGCUCUUGAAUACAGCGGACCACCCAUACCUUAUGAAAUUCCUAGAGUUGAACCUGUAAAUUCACCAAUCCCGGUGGCAACCAUGGUCAGUUCUUUGGCCAAUGCGGACAAUUUGGAAACCUUUUCCAGUCCUUAUGUGGUAGAACCGAUCUCUUUGCCCGUUCCUCGUACGAAAAAUGCCACAGGUUCUUCUACUUAUAAUCCAAAUCGAGUUGCAGGCGAUGAUUUUAAUUUGAAUGAGGGAGAUAGAUCAGGAGAUUCUUCAGGCACCAGCCAGUUGGUUUUGCCUCACUCAGCUGCAUAUUCAAGCCCAAGGCAGUCGCAGAGCUCGGAAUCUGCUGCAUCGGCGUCGCAGAAUAACGAGUCUCUGGGAUGCUCACCUUCGGCUUCUCGAUGCUUAGUUCGCAGUCACUCCACAAGCCCAUCUAGGACGGCCAUGAAUGAGGGGAAGAGAGCUCCUGUUGUGACUUUCAAUACUGUUGACAGAUCUGGAAGGAAAGAAAUGGGCACCAACAGAUCAUCUGAGAACCUUCAAUUCCAGAAUGCACGUUUGGGGAUCGGUUCACAAAAGGAAAGGAAACGAGGAAUCUGCAGUAGAUGUGGUAGAGGCAGCAGGUUGUCUGACAGAGAGUCCUGCCUUGUUUGUGAUGCUAAGUAUUGCAUCAACUGUGUUCUUAGGGCGAUGGGUUCGAUGCCCGAAGGACGCAAAUGUGUUUCGUGUAUAGGGGAACCCAUUGAUGAAUCCAAGCGAUUGACUCUAGGAAAGCGCUCAAAGAUUUUGUCUCGCUUGCUUAGUCCAUUGGAAGUUAGGCAAAUUAUGAAGGCAGAAAAGGAAUGUGCUGCUAAUCAGCUUCAGCCAGAGCAAUUAAUCGUAAAUGGGCGACCACUAAGACAAGAAGAAUUGGCUGAAUUAUUAGCGUGCCCAUCUCCUCCACAGAAGUUGAAGCCUGGAAGAUACUGGUAUGACAAGGAGUCGGGGUUAUGGGGAAAGGAAGGAGAGAAACCAGACAGGAUUGUCAGUUCAAAUUUGAACCUGGGGGGAAAGCUGAGUCCUGAUGCAAGCAAUGGCAACACAAAGGUUUUCAUCAAUGGUCGGGAAAUAACAAAGACUGAGUUAAGGGUGCUAAAGGUGGCAAAUGUACAAUGCCCACCUGAAACUCAUUUCUGGGUCUAUGCUGAUGGAAGCUAUGAGGAGGAAGGUCAAAAUAACAUUAAAGGGAAAAUAUGGGAGAAGGCAUCCAUACGGUUGAUGUGUUCCCUCUUUUCCCUUCCGGUACUCCCUGGAAACUCUCAAGAAACACAUCAUGAUGCUAGCAACUACUCUAAUAGAUCUGUGCCAGAAUAUCUAGAACAUAAAAGACUUCAUAAGCUUCUGCUCCUUGGACUUCCUGGCUCAGGAACCAGCACCGUCUUCAAGCAGGCGAAAUUUUUAUAUGGUAACAACUUCACUCCAGAAGAGCUGCAAAACAUAAAGCUUAUGAUUCAAAGCAACUUGUACAGAUACCUGAGUGUUUUGCUUGAGGGAAGAGAACGCUUUGAGGAAGAGGCUUUACUUGAGUUGGGAUCUCCUCAUCCUCAUGAUCAAAACAGUGGACCGGGAGGAGGGAGCAACGGUAGCCCACCCGAAUGCAUAUAUUCUAUCAUUCCAAGGCUGAAACACUUUUCUGACUGGCUCUUGGAGAUCAUUGCAAUGGGAGAUUUGGAUGCUUUUUUCCCAGCGGCUACUCGGGAAUAUGCCCCGCUAGUGGAGGAGGUAUGGAAGGAUCCAGCAAUCCAGGAAACGUACAAGAGAAGAGAUGAACUCCAUUUCCUUCCAGAUGCUGCUGAAUACUUCUUAGAUCGGGCUGUUGAGGUCUCAAGUAAUGAGUAUGAACCAUCAGAGAGAGAUAUAUUGUACGCUGAAGGAGUAACCCAGGGCAACGGGCUAGCCUUCAUUGAAUUCUCAUUAGAUGAUCGAAGUCCCAUGUCUGAACCUUACAAUGAAAACAGUGAGAGCCAGCCUCUUACCCGAUUCCAACUAAUCAGAAUAAGCACGAGGGGACUGAAAGAAGGGUGCAAGUGGAUGGAAAUGUUUGAAGAUGUUCGUCUUGUAACCUUUUGUGUCGCCCUGAGUGACUAUGACCAGUUGUGGGCAGAUACAGGCAGCAACACCCUUCAAAACAAGAUGUUGCAGAGCAAAGCAAUGUUUGAGACGCUGAUCAAGCAUCCAUGCUUCUGCGAUACCCCUUUUGUUCUGAUCCUUAACAAGUAUGAUUUGUUCGAAGAGAAAAUAAACAAGGUGCCUCUCGGUACAUGUGCAUGGUUCCAGGAUUUCAGCCCUCUGAAAACUCAGCAGAACAAGCAAACUCUAGCAAGCCAGGCUUACUACUAUGUGGCAAUGAAGUUCAAAGAUUUGUAUGCUUCGCUCACCAACAGGAAGUUGUUUGUAUGGCAAGCAAAGGCUCGAGAAAGGCAGACGAUUGAUGAAGCAUUCAAAUUUAUAAGGGAGGUUGUGAAAUGGGAUGAGGAGAAAGAUGAAAAUUUCUAUGGUGCAGCAGCAGAUGAAUCUUUUUACAGCACUGAUUUGAGCUCGUCACCCUUCAUCAGGCAGGAGUAACAUCAAAUGUAAUUUAUUCGUGAAAAAGUUCAUUGUGCCAUAAGUUGGUCGAUUUUAUAACGUACUGGCUUGAGCUUAUCAUCAUUCAUCAUGUAGGAUUGAGCAGAUAUAGAACUCGUCCUUGGAAGACAGGCGGGAUAUUGAUUGUAUUUGAAAUGAUAAUAAGGGAGCAAAGCCUCUCUCUCUGUGGAAUUGGCAUAAUGCAGCAAGCCUCUCUCUCUGUGGAUUGGCAAUCUUUUAUUGA